GCAUGGGACAUAAGCGAAGAAGGAAGUACGCGGCAGUUACACCUCUUGCUUCCCCGGGGAGGGCUACCGGAGGUCGUUAGCUACAGCCGUAUGAAGCUACUUCAGACCCCAGCACUGAGCUUCCUGGGGAGUUAGUAAAGACUGAGAAAAUGUGACAACCCCUUCGUCUACAUCUCGGACACGGCCGGCUAGCCAACUGUGCUGAAAAUGUCAGCGUUUGGCCUCACUGCUAGGCGCACAUGUCGCGGCGUGCCACUGAAAAUGAUCGGGCCUUCAUUUAGCCCGCUAACAAACGAUGGACGCCGGGUAAGAAACGCGAUGAACCUCGACAGAAGAAGCGACAGCUGCCCGCGGAGCCACAUCACUGACGUAACGCGUCCGUACAGCUCUCGCCCGAAUAACCCCAAGGUACCAGAGGUCGCAACGUGGGAACCAGUGUCGGAGGACCGACUUCCCCCGCCUGCAAAAAUCCCUGCUGACCUGGUGGACAAACUGGAGCGACUGGCCUUGGUGGAUUUCCGAACCAAACAGGGACUGGCCUGUUUGGACAAAGCCAUACGGUUUGCCGAUCAGCUUCAUGUUGUUGACACGUCCGGGAUUGAACCAAUGGAUUCGGUUCUGGAGGACAGGGCCUUAUACCUGAGGGUUGAUGCAGUGAUGGAAGGGGACUGUGCUGAAGAACUGCUUCAUCUCUCCAAAAACACAGUUGAAGAAUAUUUUGUGGCACCACCAGGAAAUAUUCCUCUACCAAAGAGGGAGGAGAGGGCUGCCAUACUGAAACACUCAGAGUUCUGAUAUUUAUGAACUUGUCCUUGAUAAUUAUUCAUUUUUAAUGUGAAGACUGGAUGUGUCUUCCAAGAAGUACAGUAUGAGUCAACUCUGGUGGCUGAGGAUAUGACCAGGUAACCUCAGUGCUCAUCUGCAGUUAAAAAAUAAAAUAAAAAGCCUCAGGUGAUUUUUUUUUUUUUUUUUUCCAGUUUCAUUUGACACCCUAGGUUAACUUUCUAGUUUCAGUAUCAGUUCAUGAAAAAUGGUGAGUGUCCAGGUGUGUAGGGGCGGAGGGUGUGAUGAGGAUAUUCAGUGCAAUGUCUGUACAUUGUUUUGGUUUGUUUGUACACUUUUUUUUUUUUCAUGUGUCCUGUUUUCAUCGUUGUAUUGUUAAACUU